AUGAUAGGAAUGUUUGACUCAAAUGGUGACGGAGCAAUAAACUUCAACGAAUUCCAGGCACGUUCAUCGUGUUUUUCGCCUCCUUUCCAAGCCUUGUGGCAGUACAUUAAUGACUGGACCAAUUGUUUUCGUGGUUUUGAUCUCGACAAUAGCGGUAAUAUCGACAAACAAGAACUUCAAAACGCCUUGUCUCGAUUUGGUAAGUUGUCUUACGCGGCUUUCCAGUACGAUGGGCGGGGAGGGGAGGGCUGUUGGGAGAAUUAG